UGCGACGUCGCUGGCUGAACUGCAUUCUCUUCAGAAGAAGCUAACUUCACUUCCAAGCGGUGGCGCUGAGUCUAUCAGUGCCUCCUUGGCAUCACACGCGCGAGAACGGGGUCCCAACGUCAUUAAGGGAGAUCCAAAAAACGUUUCCAAGGAUAGCCAUGUCCAUUUUGUUGCGUCUGACUACGUCAGCGAUUUUAACCUCAAAGCGACCCACGUGCUUCACAAUCUUUCACAAGCAGAGCUUUAUGAGCUUGCGAUCAAGGAUGAGAAGGGGACGUACAUCACUUCAACUGGAGCGCUUGCUACUCUCUCUGGAGCGAAGACAGGACGUUCUCCUAAGGACAAGCGCAUUGUGAAGGAAGAGACCUCACAGGAUGACCUGUGGUGGGGGAAAGGUUCCCCGAACAUUGAGAUGGACGAAGAGACUUUCUUUAUCAACCGUGAGCGUGCUGUCGACUACCUGAAAUCUCUGGAUAAGGUCUUCGUGAACGACCAGUUUUUGAACUGGGACAAGGAAAAUCGGGUCAAAGUCAGAAUCAUCACCUCCCGUGCUUAUCACGCUCUCUUCAUGCAUAACAUGUGCAUCCGGCCAACUCCGGAAGAGUUGGAAACGUUUGGUGAACCUGACUUCACCAUCUAUAAUGGCGGGAAGUUUCCAUGCAACCGUUUCACUCACUACAUGACAUCGUCGACUAGCAUUGACAUCAACCUGAAGAGGAGGGAAAUGGUUAUUCUUGGAACUCAGUAUGCUGGCGAGAUGAAGAAGGGGCUCUUUGGGUUUAUGCACUAUUUGAUGCCAAAGAGAGGAAUACUCUCACUUCAUUCUGGCUGCAACAUGGGAAAGGGCGGUGACGCCUCCCUGUUCUUCGGCCUUUCAGGCACGGGAAAGACGACCCUCUCAACUGAUCCUGAGAGGUACCUGAUUGGGGAUGAUGAGCACUGCUGGAGCGACAAUGGUAUAUCCAACAUCGAAGGAGGGUGCUACGCAAAGUGCAUUGACCUGUCGCCAGAGAAGGAACCAGAGAUAUUUAACGCAAUCAAGUUCGGAACAGUCCUGGAGAACGUCGUGUUUGACAGCCACACCAGGGUGGUGGACUACGCAGACAAGUCUGUGACAGAAAACACCCGUGCUGCAUACCCUAUCGAGUAUAUUCCAAACGCUAAGAUUCCCUGUGUUGGACCCCACCCAAGAAAUGUCAUUCUGCUGGCCUGUGAUGCAUUCGGAGUCCUUCCUCCUGUCAGCAAGCUGACCCUUCCCCAAACCAUGUACCACUUUAUUAGUGGAUACACUGCUCUGGUCGCUGGAACUGAAGAGGGUAUCAAGGAACCGCAGGCAACGUUCUCCGCAUGUUUUGGGGCUGCUUUCAUCAUGUGGCAUCCCAUUAAGUAUGCGGGCAUGCUUGCUCAGAGGAUGCACGAGAACGGAUCUAGUGCAUGGCUUGUGAACACGGGUUGGUCGGGUGGCAGCUAUGGCGUGGGAAGCAGGAUGAAGCUGGCAUAUACGAGGAAGAUUAUCGAUGCGAUCCACAAUGGGUCUCUUGCAUCUGCUACAUAUAAGACAACCCCGAUAUUUGGUCUUCAAGUGCCGGACCAAGUUGAUGGCGUGCCUCAGGACAUUCUUGAGCCACAGAACAUGUGGGGGGACAAGUGUGCUUAUGACGCAACGCUGAAGAAGCUUGGUGGCCUUUUCAACACGAACUUUUCCAAAUUCACUGAGAGCAUGGCUGGUGUGGAUACCAUCCUGGCUCAACAGAUCCUCUCAGCAGGACCUCAGCUUGCAUAG